AUGGGGGUCGGGCUGCCAUUUGGUAAAUUGUCUCAAGAAGAUGUGGAGCUACUGGAGGCUCCCUUUGAAAUGGAUGAAUUGAAAGAAGUAAUAUGGGAAGGUGAAAGCUCGAAGGCUCCGGUACCAGUUGGUUACAACUUUAAUUUUUAUAGGAAGGCUUGGAAUUUUAUAAGGGAGGAGCUGAUGCAAUUUCUGGCAAAUUUCCACAGCAAUGUGAAACUGGAAAAAGGGCUGAAUUCCUCAUUCAUUACGUUGAUCCCAAAAGUGGAGAAUCUUAUAGGGCUAAAGGAGUACAGGCCAAUUAGUCUAUUGGCUUUAAUUGCUGGGAGGCAGAUCAUGGAUGGAAUCCUUUUGGCGAACGAGGUUAUUCAUUCAUUGGCUUCGGGAAAAGUGGAUCAGGUGGAUAAAAUAACGUGUGUCAACGUAAGGGUAUUGGUGCUUGUAAAUGGUUCACCAAUGGGAGAAUUCGAGAUGCAAAGGAUAAACUUUAGCAAAUCAGUGUUGUAUGCGACAAAAGCGAAAAGAAUAAGGGUGGAGUCUCUUGCAUCUAUGCUGGACUGUAAGUAUAGCAAUCUUCCGUUCCUAUACUUGGGUAUUUCGGCGCCAGCUGGAGUAAUCAAGAAGAAUGACCAAUUGAGGAGGAACUUCUCAUGGGGAAGAGGAGUGAAUCAAACAAAAAUAGCAAAAGUAAGCUGGUCGUUAGUGUGUGAACCGAAGAAGUUCGGCGGUCUAAGUAUAAGAAACCUGGUAGUUAAGAAUGAGGCCCUCUUAGCUAAGUGGUGGUGGAGAUUUGCAUAUGAACCAACAUCACUUUGGAGGAGAGUGGCUAAGUAUGGGACGGGUAGUAGGGACUAG